GCAUCUGGAUAUGAAGGGAGCCCCAGAAAAGCGGAAGAGUUUAGAGGCACACUGGGUAGGUUUGAAUUUGUUUUGUUUUCAAAAAUUAAACAAAUGAUCCUUCAGCAUCAUCGCCUCCGCUGCUUUAUCAGGUCGCUUAGGGCAUGGAGCUGGAGAACUAUGAACAGCCUGUGGUGCUGAGAGAGGACAACCGCCGCAGGCGCCGGAGGAUGAAGCCGCGCAGCGCUGCGGCCAGCCUGUCCCCCAUGGAGCUCAUCCCCAUCGAGUUCGUGCUGCCCACCAGCCAGCGCAGCUGCAAGAGCCCCGAAACCGCGCUGCUGCACGUGGCGGGCCACGGCAACGUGGAGCAGAUGAAGGCCCAGGUGUGGCUGCGCGCGCUGGAGACCAGCGUGGCGGCGGACUUCUACCACCGGCUGGGCCCGGACCACUUCCUCCUGCUCUACCAGAAGAAGGGGCAGUGGUACGAGAUCUACGACAAGUACCAGGUGGUGCAGACUCUGGACUGCCUGCGCUACUGGAAGGCCAUGCACCGGAGCCCGGGCCAGAUCCACCUGGUGCAGCGGCGUGCGCCCUCCGAGGAGUCGCAGGCCUUCCAGCGGCAGCUCACCGCGCUGAUUGGCUAUGACGUCACCGACGUCAGCAACGUGCACGACGACGAGCUGGAGUUCACGCGCCGCGGCCUGGUGACCCCGCGCAUGGCGGAGGUGGCCAGCCGCGACCCCAGGCUCUACGCCAUGCACCCCUGGGUGACGUCCAAGCCCCUCCCGGAGUACCUGUGGAAGAAGAUUGCCAACAACUGCAUCUUCAUCGUCAUUCACCGCAGCACCACCAGCCAGACCAUCAAGGUAUCGGCCGACGACACCCCCGGCACCAUCCUGCAGAGCUUCUUCACCAAGAUGGCCAAGAAGAAAUAUCUGAUGGAUAUCCCCGAAAGCCAAAGCGAACGGGAUUUUGUGCUGCGCGUCUGUGGCCGCGAUGAGUACCUGGUGGGCGAAACGCCCAUCAAAAACUUCCAGUGGGUGAGGCACUGCCUCAAGAACGGAGAAGAGAUUCACCUGGUGCUGGACACGCCUCCGGAUCCGGCCCUAGACGAGGUGAGGAAGGAAGAGUGGCCGCUGGUGGACGACUGCACGGGAGUCACCGGCUACCAUGAGCAGCUGACCAUCCACGGCAAGGACCAUGAGAGUGUGUUCACUGUGUCCCUGUGGGACUGUGACCGCAAGUUCAGGGUGAAGAUUAGAGGCAUUGAUAUCCCGGUCCUGCCGCGGAACACCGACCUCACGGUUUUUGUAGAGGCAAACAUCCAACAUGGACAGCAAGUGCUUUGCCAAAGGAGAACCAGCCCCAAACCCUUCACAGAGGAGGUGCUCUGGAAUGUGUGGCUUGAGUUCAGUAUCAAAAUCAAAGACUUGCCCAAAGGCGCUCUACUGAACCUCCAGAUCUACUGCGGCAAAGCUCCAGCACUGUCCAGCAAGGCCCCUGCGGAGUCCCCCAGUUCUGAGUCCAAGGGCAAAGCUCAGCUUCUCUAUUAUGUGAACCUGCUGCUAAUAGACCACCGGUUCCUCCUGCGCCGUGGAGAAUACGUCCUCCACAUGUGGCAGAUAUCCGGGAAGGGAGAAGACCAAGGAAGCUUCAAUGCUGACAAACUCACAUCUGCAACCAACCCAGACAAGGAGAACUCAAUGUCCAUCUCCAUUCUUCUGGAUAAUUACUGCUACCCAAUAGCCCUGCCUAAGCAUCAGCCCACCCCUGACCCGGAAGGUGACCGGGUUCGAGCAGAAAUGCCCAACCAGCUUCGCAAGCAAUUGGAGGCAAUCAUAGCCACUGAUCCACUUAACCCUCUCACAGCAGAGGACAAAGAAUUGCUCUGGCACUUUAGAUAUGAAAGCCUUAAGCACCCAAAAGCAUAUCCUAAGCUAUUUAGCUCAGUGAAAUGGGGACAGCAAGAAAUUGUGGCCAAAACAUACCAAUUGUUGGCCAGAAGGGAAGUCUGGGAUCAAAGUGCUUUGGAUGUUGGCUUAACAAUGCAACUCCUGGACUGCAAUUUCUCAGAUGAAAAUGUAAGAGCCAUUGCAGUUCAGAAACUGGAGAGUCUGGAGGACGAUGAUGUUCUGCAUUACCUUCUACAGCUGGUCCAGGCUGUGAAAUUUGAACCAUACCAUGAUAGUGCUCUUGCCAGAUUUCUGCUGAAGCGUGGUUUAAGAAACAAAAGAAUCGGUCACUUUUUGUUUUGGUUCUUGAGAAGUGAGAUAGCCCAGUCCAGACACUAUCAGCAGAGAUUUGCCGUGAUCCUGGAAGCCUACCUGAGGGGCUGUGGUACAGCCAUGCUUCAUGACUUUACCCAACAAGUUCAAGUAAUUGAGACGUUACAAAAAGUCACCCUUGAUAUUAAAUCGCUCUCUGCUGAAAAAUAUGACGUCAGUUCCCAAGGUACAGUGGCUAUGUUUUCUUGGUUCUCUUUCCAGAUGCUUUCGUCUCCAAAUGCCAUUGUUCCUAUAAUUCUUUUUUUUCUGGAAUCUAAGUUGCAUCCUUCCAAAGGCACCAAGAACACAAUUUGUAGUCUUCUGUCUGCAUAGAGUAAGCACAUUAAAGUUCUCGUUUUACAAGUUCAUAAUUUUUAACUUUAUAUUUACAUAUUCUUAACUCUGAAGAGUUAAGUAACAUGCAGAUAUAAUAUGUAUUUUUAAGAACAAUUGCAUACACAAAGAUUAGAUAUUUCCAAAUCUUUACCUUUUUCUUCACAUCUCUGAAUAUACACAUAUAGUUUUCAAGUUUUCAGUCUUAUAAAAUGAUGAAUUGUUGAGAGGCUAUUUUAAAUUUUUGGCAUUUCUCUGUGUAUAUAUCUCGAGUAAUAUAUAGAGAUACAUUCAUUCUUUCCUAUCUGUGGUCCUAAAUCUUUAAAUUCAACCAAGCACAGAUAGAAAACAUUUGGGAAAAAAAUUACAUAUGCAUUGAACAUGUACAGACUUUUUUCUUGUCAUUAUUCCCUAAACAGUAUAGUAUAAUAACUAUUUACAUAGCAUUUACAUUGUAUCAGAUAUUAUAGGUAUAUAGAGAUGAUUUACAAUAUAUGGGAGGAAGUGCAUAGGUUAUAUGCAAAUACUACACCAUUUUAUAUCAGGGGCUUGAGCAUUCGUGGAUUUUGGUAUCUGCAGGAGGUCCUGGAACCAAUCGUUACAGAGACCAAGAGACGAUUGUGUGUGUGUGUCUGUGUGUGUAAAGGUAAUAAACACACACACAGACCCUGUCUUCUCUCUCAAGUGAUUUCUAAUAUAUUAUACAUACCAUAAGAAAAUCUGCCCCUGCCCUAGGAAAAUUAGUCACCCCUCUGUAUUUCUAUAGAUUUUGAUUGAUACUACAUUAAAUUAAAGUCCUUAACUGGCCUGGUAAACUGUAUGAACCUUGAAUGUAGAGGAUAUCUCUUUUUCAUUUUUCUAUACCUAGACCUAGCACUAUGGCUUAUUAUAUAGACACUUCAUGUACUCAGUCAGUAUUUUAAACUUCUGAAUAUUUAAAAUUUCUCCUUUCUCCCUUUGAUUCUUACAAUGCUUCCUCCUAAAAAUGAUAAUGGUAAUAAUAAUAUUUUAUUUGUAUUUUAAGAAAGGAAAACAUUUGUAUGGACCCUUAUUCUGUUGGUUAUCCAGCAAUUUUUAAUUCAUGUAGUUUGCCUUUAGAAUGUUAAGAUUGUCACAUCCAUCUUCUCUACUUCUCUACAGAACCUAAGUUCCUUUUUUGAAAGAAAUUACAGAACCCUAACCAAAUUCCAUUUAUUAUUUUCUUCAACUGUCUGUUCCUCAAAUCAGAUGGUAAAGUUUCACAUUCUGGAAAUAAAACUACAGUGUUAAUUCCUUAACAUUACCCUCAGAGCAUUCUUCUCUACUUGAUUGUGUUAAUGUCUAUGUGUUAUCCCACAUAUAUUCACACAUUUCUGUCCCCUGUUGUAGUAGGUAUACAUGGUUAUGUUGCUCACAGUAAGCCUGAUGUAUCUUGCCAGUUCAUGUGAUUAGUUCCUCAAAGGCAGGACCCAGCCAUUUUUCUCCUGCUCCACACCAAAACAAAUAUAUAGAAUGCUGUGAAUAAGUGUGUUCUCAGAAAAUGUUAUAGAUAAUACUGAUGAUUUCUUGAACUCACAUAACUCUUGUUUACUUUUGACAAUUACAGUUAUUGCACAACUUAAACAAAAGCUUGAAAACCUGCAGAAUUCUCAUCUCCCCAAAAGCUUUAGAGUUCCAUAUGAUCCUGGACUGAAAGCAGGAGCACUGGCAGUAGGUAUCAUUUGGAUGUCUCCAUGUGGUCUUUUAU